GACUGGACUAAAAUCCUAUUGACGAGCGAACUGUGGAUCAUCGGGGAGGUAAAUGCCUGACAUUAAGGGGGAGUCAAAACGAAAAGCAAACGGACCGAUCUCCUCAAACGUGAGAAGUAUGAAAACAGAGGAUACAAGUUCCAUUCGAGUUCCAAUGGAGGAGAGAACUAAGGAAGAGAGACGUGGAGACAAAUCUGAUGACCUGUGCUACAGAGACUCUCACCACCAGAGGGCUACAUGGAGUUCACGUCUUGAGUACAUCCUCUCCCUUGUCGGGUGUUGUGUAGGAUUCGGUAACCUGUGGAGGUUCCCGUACGUCUGCAAUAGAAAUGGAGCAGGUGCCUUCUUGCUGCCGUUUCUACUCUGCCUUCUAAUCAUUGGGUUCCCAAUGUUCUUCCUGGAGGCUUCGCUGUCUCAGUUCUCGGGAAGGGCAACUCCGCGUGUAUGGAGUUUCUGUCCUAUGUUCAAAGGAGUUGGUGUUGGUGCCUUGGUGAUGCAUGUUAUCUGCAUCUCUUCCUACAACAUCCUCCUGGCCUGGCCCAUCUACUACAUGGUGAAGUCCUGCUCCAGCGUCCUACCCUGGACAACUUGUGGCAACAGCUGGAACACCGACCUGUGUGUGGAAGACUUGAGGAACGCCACCUACAUCAACAUCACUUCGACAACUCUGGAUGAUAACAUGACUGCUACUGUCAAACAGCGUUGGGAAAAUGUCACUCUAGCUCACACAGCGGCCGAGGAAUUUUGGCAGUACAACGUGCUGAGUGUGUCCCGUGGUUUAGAGGAGGUCGGCUCUGUCCAGGGCCACAUAGUAGCUUGUCUCUUUGCUUCCUACGUCAUCAUAUUUCUGUGUAUGAUUCGUGGGGUCAAGUCAGUGGGCAAGGCUGUGUACGUGACGGCAGGAUUGCCGUAUGUUCUCCUGAUCAUCAUCUUCAUCAGCACGGUGAUGCAACCGGGAGCUGGGUCUGGCCUGUUAUACUACGUCACACCGGACUUCCGGAAACUACUGGACGUGCAGGUGUUAACAGAUCACAUCAGUGGCACCAAAGACGUGAAAUGUGUUCAGAAGAGUGCAGGGUACUUCAAGUCUGCGAUGUGA